UGCCGCAAUACAAAAGCAUGCAAUUUGCGCUCUACUUUCCCAAAAGCAGUCUCCCCACCAUAUAAAGAACAAGAUAGAUCCUCAUAACAGCUGAGUUUAGUCCGCAAUAAUAAUGUCUCAAAAGACGGCAUUAGAAAUCAGAACAGAUGAUGAUGAGAACUCUCAGAAAUGGCUUCUUCCUCUCAAUGAAGAUGUUUUCAUCUCUUAUCUCAGCCAAGCUGGAGAAAUAGCGCAGAAAGUGUUUGGAGAAGGCUCACUAUUCAGCCCACUUCUGUUUGGAAAGUUCUUUGAUCCAGCUGAUGCUUUUCCUUUAUGGGACUUCGAUUCAGAAUUGCUCCUCUCCAGGUUUCACAGAGCCUCAAAGAGCAGUGUUGAUUGGUCUGAAACACAUGAUCAGUAUAUCCUGAGAGCUGAACUUCCAGUGGAAGGAAGGAGUGUAGAAGUGGCAAUAUGUGGAGAUAAGAAAAAUUUGAUAGAAAUCAGUGGAAUCUGGAAGGUCGGAAACCCUACAGUAAGAGAUUGGAAGCUCAGAAAAUGGUGGGAAUAUGGAUUUGUGAGGCGUUUAGAGGUAGCAGAUGAUGCUGAUUGCAGAAAGAUGGAAGCUUGCAUCAACAACGAUGUUACUCUUGAGAUUAUUAUUCCAAAGAGGCCAUCAGCAAACAGAACACUAACACAAUCCCUGCCACCACCGGCCGACCCCCACUGUUUUUCUCUUGAGUCGCUUGCGGUGAAAGACCGGCCGCUGCCUCAGAGGACUGCGCAGGCGGCAUCAAUGUCUCAACAACUGGUGACAGAGCAGGCGAAGGUAUGACUGGGGCAUGAGCUGGAAGGGAUGGUGAACUUGCUGUCGGACUAGCAGCAGGUGCCGGAGAAGGGACGACGGGGGUUGGGUUU